CGGGAACCUUCUUCACUCCUUCCUCUCCUCCUUUUUCUCUCACUAAUUUUUUUAGAGAGAGAGAAUGAUUGAGGAAAUCGCAUUGUACGUUUUACUACUCCCACCUUCAAUGGCGGGGACCCGCUUUUGUCUCUUACCUUCAUCACUCCCCAUUUAUACUUUAUCCUUAUUUUAAUUUCCAUUUCAGAAGUUUUUCUCCAUUUUGUUCUUCACUUCUUUGUGUUCCCCGUUUUUAUGUUUCUGGGUUUCUUAUUGAUUUGCCGGAAAUGGGAGAUUUCGCCGAUUCUGAGCGGUAAUCGUUGCCGGGUUUGUUUUCUCUGUUUCUGGUUUAAAUUUUGAUGAAACUGAGAAACUGUAUUGAUUUUGAGUUGAAAUCGGAGUGGGUUUGGGACAUUUUUGCGAGUUCUCUCUGUUUCUUCUCUCUCUCUGUGUUCUUCGUCGUUUUUCUGCUACUGGUUUCUGAUUCAUGAACCGAGAAACUCCAUCGAUUCUGAAUUGAAAUCGGUUUGGGUUUCGGAAUUUUAGCAAGUUUUUUCUCUCUAUUCUUAUUCGUCUUCCUCACUUUUCUGUAACUGGGCUUCUGAUUUUGAGUCGAAAUCGUCAUGGGUUUUGAGUAUUAAUUGGAGCAAGUUUUUCCCAUUUCUCUCUCUGAUCUUCAUUUUUCUCACUUUUCUAUAACUGGGUUCUGAUUCUUUUUCUGAAACUGGGAAACUCGAUGAAUUUUGAGUUGAAAUCUUCGUGGGUUUGAUUCUCAAUUCCAGAAAGUUCUCACCAUUUCCCUCUCUGUUCUUCCAUUAAUCUGCCGAAACUGGAAAGUUUUGCCCAUUUUCCGCUCUAAUCUUCUUCAUCUUCCUCACUUUUCCGCAACUCGGUUCGAAUUAAAUCAUCCAAACCCAAGCAAUUUCGUUGAUUUGUUUCCUCCGAUCAAUGGCGGGAAUGUUGCCGGGAGUCGAAUGCGCGAGAAGGCGGCGGUUCCACCAGAGCAUAACCUCGUCGGACUCGCCGUCCACGGCGGCGAAACUGGGAUCCACCAGAAGGCCCUCCUUCUGUUUGUACACCAGCAACCGCGAUUUCCACCUCACUUCAUCUUCUACACAGCAACGGAGCUGGUCGAAUCAAGCUUUCCAGAACGAUAAACUGGGUGAAAUUGCGAGAGAAGCCAAAGAGAGGUUGGAUGAGAGGUUGAAGACACGCAGAAGACCAGAGACUGAAACUGUAAGGAAGAGUAGGAGUAAGAGGGAAGAAGAAGUAAGGUCAAAAGGGUCAGAAAAGGAAGGGGAAAUGACAAAAGGCAAAGAAGAAGAGAGAAAGAAGAAGUUGAUGAGUUGGGGAAAGUGGAAGGCGUGGGAGCAAAAGGAGUGCGCCGUUUGCCUAGAAGGGUUCAGGGGUGGCGAGCCGGUGGUCCAUCUGCCAUGCGCCCACAAGUUCCAUUCCUCCUGCCUCGUCCCUUGGCUCCAAACCAACUCCCAUUGCCCUUCUUGCAGAUUCCCCAUUUCCGCUCCUUAAUAUUUAUUUCACUCUUUUUUUUCCCUUCUUUAGUUUUAGUUUUAGUAAUCUCUUUGUUUUAUUUCGGUCUUUUUUUGUAUCUAAACUUUUGAGUAUUUUACCACGGUCGAAUUUUAAUACUUCUUCUUGAUUGGUUACGUAAGUAUUUUCUAUUGACUA